AUGCAGAGGCGUUCCGCUUCACAGGAUGACAAUCACGCCGAUCGGGACCGGUGGGAUCGAGAGCGGGACCGGGACCGGGACCGGGAUUGGGACUGGGACAGGGAACGCGAUCGGGACCGAGACAGGGAGCAUAGGGAUAGGGAUAGGGAUAGGGAUAGGGUGAGAGAAAGGGAUCGAGACAAGGAUUGGGAAGGGGAUAAGGAGAGGGAUCGUGGUGAGAGGGAGCGAGAUCGAGACUUGAGGGAGAGAGAUUCCGACCGAGAGAGGGAGAGGGAGAGGGAGACUAGCCGGGAGAGGGAGAGGGAGCGGGAAAGGGACAGAGAUAAUGACAGGGACAGGAACAGGGGCAAAGACAGGGAGAAGGAUGGGGAGAGAGACGUUGGUGGGGUAGAGAAGAGCGAAAACACGGAUUUGGGCCAAGAAGGGGAUAAGCAACAGCAGUUGCCACUUGACCACGAGCGUGAGCUGUCAGACGCGUUUGGCCGCUUCGGCCAGGUGGAAGGCCUCGCGAUCCUCUACCAGAGGGAGUUUGCUUACGUGGACAUGGCCACGUCAGCACAGGCCAGCGAGGCGAGGCGGGUGCUGGCAGGGAAGCCUCUGCGCCCGGGCCUGCUGCCGCUGAAAGUGGAGUUUGCAUAUGCCAAGGGGUCAGCGGCGGGCGGAGGUGCGGCACAGUCGGCACCACCAGCCAGCCAGCCAAAGGAGAAGGAGCGCCCGGAGCGGCCGCGGGGAGCUGGGGUGCGGAGGGUGGUGUGGGUGGGGUGGGGGCCGGCACAUGUAGUCCCCGAGGAGAUCGACGCGGAGUUCCGGCGGUUCGGCCCCAUCGAGGACCUGCGCUUCCACCCCGACCGCGCCUGCGCGUUCGUCGACUACCGCUUUGAGGACGACGCGCAGGCCGCCGUGGCGUCCAUCAACAACGUCCGCACGCGCGACGGCGGCGUGUUCCGCGUUGAGUUCGCGAAAUCGGGCCCGCAUUCCGGCGGGGGAGGAGGGGGUAGCGGCGGCGGCGGCGGCGGCGGCGGCGGCGGUGGUGGUGGUGGUGGUGGUGGUAGAGGAGGUGGUGGGGGGAGUGGGGACGGGUCUCCUAGCGAGAUUCUAUGGGUGGGGUUUCCGAGCACGCUCACAGUCACAGAGGAGCGGCUCCAUGCGGCGUUUUCCCAGCACGGGCAGAUUCGGCGCAUCAAGACGUUCCCGGGGCGCACGUACGCGUUUGUGGAGAUGGCCACGUGCGAGCAGGCGACGAAUGCGAUCCGCGCGCUAGACCAUGUGCUGUUUAACGACGACCGCGUGCAUAUCCGGUAUUCCAAAAGCGAGUUUGCGUUUAUGCAUGCCGCAGACCCGCCCUUCUCCUCCCCUGCUGCUGCUGCAGCUGCCGCUGCAGGCGGCCCAGCAGGAGCUGCAUUUGGGGAGGGGUUCGGCGAGAGGGGCAGGCAGGGAGGAGGGAUGGGUGGUGGGGGGGUUUCUGUUGGUCCGUAUGAGGAGGAUCGGGGGUUUGGGGGGGAUAGGGAGUAUGGUCGGGGGAGAGGGCGGGGAAAGGGGAAGGGGAGGAGGGUGAGGGGAGGCAGAGGAGGGAGAGGUAGGGGAGGGUGGGAGGAGUGGGAUGGUGAUGGGGACUGGGAGUCGCCCCCUCGUGGGCCUGAGAGAGGGGGGAGAGGAGGGAGAGGAGGGGGGCGAGACGAGCGGGACUGGCGGGACGGGAGGGACGGGAGGGAGGGAUGGGAUGACAGGGAUGAGUGGGAUGAGCGGGAUGGGAGGGAUGAGAGAGAUGAAAGGGAGUGGCAGCGGGGGUUUGACUCCAAGCGUCCACGAGUGGACGGCCACUUCGAUCCGGAUAGCCGUGGCCGCUUUUACGAUGAUCGCGACGGGGGCCCUUUGCCUCCUCAUGGCCCUCCCCCUCAUGGCCCUCCCCCUCGUGGCCCUCCCAGCCGCAGAAGCAGUGGUUGGGACGUCGUAGUGCCCCCAGCUGCUUCUGCUGCCUCUCCUGCUGCUUCUGCUGUUUCUUCUGUCGCCGGGCCUCCCAUACCGGCCCGUCCAGGCUUGCCUGGGGCUCUUCCCGGCCCCAUGCCUCCUCCCGGACCUGGUUUCGUACCUGGAGGGCUGGCUCGGGCGGUUGGGGCUUCGGGUGGCGCGGGGUCGCAUUGGAAGGGGACGUUGGCCAAAGGGGGGAUUGUGGUGUGCCAUGCGCGGGCGAUUCCCAUCGGUCCAGGCAUCUCUGCACCCAUGCCUGAUGUGCUGAACUGCUCGGCGCGCACGGAGCUAGACACCCUAGCGAAGCAUGUGCGGGCAGCAGCGGAUUUCGGAGUGGUGGCCAUCAUUCCCGAGGCACAGCCGGACGUCCCUCCUUACCAUGACCUCGUGCAGUACCUGGGGGAGAAGCGCCGAGCAGGCGUGGCGAAGCUGCCUGACGGCUCCACGCUCUUCCUUGUCCCGCCCUCCGACUUCGCUGUGUCCGUGCUCCAAGUGCCCAGAAACGACUCCCUCUUCGGCGUUUACUUAAACCUGGGGUGCCGCCAGGUGUUCCGUCAGGUGCCCUGCCAGGUGCUCCGCCAGGUGCCCAACAAGGCCUGGUUUCUCCCAGUCCUCUUCCGCAGGCCACCCCCCUUCCUCUCCCGCACACAGGGCUGA